AUGUUGAAAUCACUCCAACGAACUCUAAUCAAAUGUCAAACGCCUCAAUCGAUCAUUGGUAGGUACUGUUUCAGAAGAAACAUUGUCAGUUCGCGCCCCGCCAAAUAUGCAAGGCGUUCUGGAUCAUCACUUCGUUAUUGGCCCUGGCUUACAGUAUCAACAUUGGUCGCUACUUCCUUGUACUGCUACGACGAAAGAUUACAGAAUGAGGAAAAGACCGACGUCUUUCCUCCCCACAAUGAAUCGAUACAGGUAGAUGCAAGCGUAUCGGAUUUCCCCCUCACAAUCUCCGCUUUAGACUACCCUGUCUCUACCACUUUCCAACUAUUGGGAUAUGGUCAAAGGCAUGUCACGUUUUUGAGGUUCAAAGUCUAUGCCUUGGGCCUUUAUCUGGCUGAGAAUGACGAAAGUCUCAUUGCAAACACUCUAAAUGAAGCUUACUUGCGUAAAUAUUUCCUUGACGUGGACGAUUCUAAGACCCUCAAGGAAAAUCUGGGCAGAUUCUUGAAGCGAGAUGACUCAAAAUCGGUCAUGAUGAUCGACGACCUUUUGGAUUCGGGAAUGAGAAUGUUGGCAAAGAUAACUCCCGUGAGAAACACAGAUUUCAAGCAUCUCAAGGAGGGCCUGAUCAAAACCAUUUCCAAACACCCCGACGUGUCUAACAAUAAGGAUACACUAGAAAAUGGGCUAAAAGAGAUGAAUGAAGCCUUUUCACGCAAAGGAUCUGUUCGUAAAAAUGAUGAUUUAAUCGUUGAAUUGUUAGCCAACGGUGCAUUGCAAUUUUCGUAUCAUGAUAAUAUAAACAAUGAAUUUGAAAUUAUGGGAGUGGUCAAUAAUCAGCUAGUCGGGAAGUUUCUGUUUAGUCAAUAUUUAAGCGGUGACAAGUCCCCUUCUCCACAGGCCAAAAAAACGGCUAUCGACAAAUUAAUCACACUCCUGUAA